AAUCCAUACCAUACCCGCCCUCCGGAUUUCAAACGACUAGGAGAACGAUUUGAAACGUUCAAGCCAUUUGUCCGAUAUCACCCGAAUGGCCAAUCUUACAUCGACUUCAAGAAUCCCGCGGCUUUGAGGGAGUUAACGAGGUGCUUGUUGCGGCAAGAUUUUGACUUGAAAGUCAUCUUGCCAGAAGAUAGAUUGUGCCCAACGGUCCGUCCCCUAGACUAUGUUUGUCUUCUAUCUCAAAUCUUCGCACACUUAAGGAAGCGCGAUCUCGUGCCUAAAGAGCAUCGUUUGAAAGUCCUCGAUAUUGGGACUGGAGCGACCCCGAUCUACGCUCUUCUGAUGGCACGGUUACACCCUGAUUCGACAGUCUGGGCGACUGAUAUCAAUAGUGAAUCGCUACAGUAUGCUCAGGAAACGAUUGAUCUCAAUCUCGAUCUUGCACAGCGGAUCAAUCUCUGCAAGGUAGAUCCUGCCGGCGAGAUCUUGCUGCCGGUCUCACAGACUGCUCAGAGAGGCCCGCCCAAUUUUACGUUUACGCUAUGUAAUCCACCUUUCUACACUUCACGAGAGGAAAUAGCAGCAGCGUCGGACAUUAAGAUCGAGAGCGGGCACGCAGCACCCACUGCUGCGGAAAACGAGUUGAUCACUCCGGGAGGUGAAGUGAUGUUUGUCUGCAAGAUGAUUCAAGAGAGUUUGAGCAGGAGAAAGGGAUCCCUUUGGUACACGAGCUUAUUAGGCAAGGCGUCUUCGAUCGCACCGGUGCGUGCCAAACUGCUGGAGAACAAAAUCAGCAACUAUUUCAUAUCGAGCAUUCGGCAGUCUCGUACGGCAAGGUGGAUUGUUGGAUGGAGCUUUACAGAUCAACGCCUGCCCGAUAGCUUGACAAGAGUUAGCUCUCCAGCGACCGUCAAAUAUCUACCGCUGCCCAACAGCUUCCAACUCAACCCGUCGACGAACUCUUUAUCGUUGUUAAAGCAGCAUCUCACCGAAAUCCUGACGGAUAUCGGUCUAUCUCAAGGCCCAGUAACCGACACCGAGGACUGGCACAAGCACCCUGAUUUGGAUCAGUAUACUUUGCUCCUCCGGCCAACAGUUCAGUCAUGGUCGCGCAGUGCUCGACGGAAAGCUGGACGGACUAGCGCUGGUACCGAUAGCUCCGCCGGGACAGAACCACUUUUCACUGGACGACUUGAGAUUUGUCUGCACGUGCAGGAUCGGUCAACGGAAAAGAGACGCGAAGCUUCCCCGACUCGAGGGUCGCGCAGCGAACAACUAGCCCAAACGCACAUGUCUUUCCAUUGGGCUCAGGGUCGGUCCAGGCUAAGUGUUGAAACCUUCUGGGCAUAUGUUGUGAGGAAGCUGCAGGAGCGCUUAGUGGGGUCAUCGACAAGAACUUCUCCUUGUAGCGAUCGGAAUAUCACACGGAUGUAG